UAAGCUGAACGAGACAAUCCAUCUAAACGCCUGGACGAUUUAGCGGGUUAAUGAAUAGGCUAGGCGGUUAUAUGUCACUCUCAUGCAUAUUAGUCAUCAAGUUGAAUUGGCCCUGAUUGACAGACGAGCAGUGACUAUUAGCUAGUAGCAACCAAUAGAUGAAGACAUUACUGAAUGCAUACAGUUGGUCUCCACCAAUCUGAAGAUAAUUCAACAAAUAUGUAACCUUUCACAAUAUAUAGGUGUUGCCUCGAGUGGGUUCAGAAAGGAAACCAACUAGACCAAGAGCAAGCAUGAUAUCUCCCCAGCUUCUCCUACUUCUGGCCUUCUUCCAUUUCCUGAGCCCAUACCUUCCGCUAUCUGCUUUUGCGCAAUUUCGCAAUGAUUCCAGUGCUGAUCGACUAGCCCUCCUCUGCCUCAAGUCCCAGCUCCUUGACCCCUCUGGAGCGUUAACCUCAUGGGGAAAUGAAUCCCUUUCAAUCUGCAAUUGGAACGGAGUUACAUGCAGCAAGCGCGAUCCAUCUCGAGUUGUUGCUUUAGACCUCGAGUCACAGAAUAUUACAGGCAAAAUAUUUCCUUGUGUUGCAAACCUCAGUUUCAUCUCUAGAAUUCACAUGCCCGGUAACCAUCUCAAUGGCCAAAUUUCUCCUGAGAUUGGCCGCUUAACCCACCUUACAUUCCUUAAUCUCAGCAUGAAUUCCCUUAGUGGUGAGAUACCGGAGACUAUAUCAUCAUGUUCCCAUCUCGAGAUUGUCAUCCUGCAUAGAAACUCCCUUUCAGGUGAGAUCCCUCGAAGUCUUGCUCAGUGUUUAUUUCUUCAGCAAAUUAUUCUAAGCAAUAACCAUAUUCAAGGAAGCAUCCCUCCAGAGAUUGGUCUCCUUUCCAACCUUUCUGCACUAUUUAUUCGUAACAAUCAACUCACUGGCACCAUUCCUCAACUAUUAGGGAGUAGCAGAUCACUUGUCUGGGUGAAUCUCCAGAAUAACAGCUUAACUGGGGAGAUACCCAAUUCCCUGUUCAAUUGCACUACCAUUUCUUACAUAGAUCUCUCAUAUAAUGGUCUAUCUGGGUCUAUUCCUCCAUUCUCACAAACAUCUUCAUCGCUACGAUACCUUAGCUUAACUGAAAACCACCUCUCUGGUGUGAUACCUACCUUAGUUGAUAACCUUCCAUUGUUGUCCACACUGAUGCUUGCUAGAAACAACUUGGAAGGAACAAUUCCAGAUAGCCUAAGUAAACUUUCUAGUUUACAAACACUAGACCUAAGUUAUAAUAAUUUGUCAGGUAAUGUUCCGCUAGGACUAUACGCAAUUUCAAAUCUUACCUAUCUUAACUUUGGUGCCAACCAAUUUGUAGGGAGAAUUCCCACCAAUAUUGGCUAUACCCUUCCAGGACUCACAAGUAUAAUUCUAGAAGGGAACCAGUUUGAGGGACCGAUUCCUGCUUCGUUGGCCAAUGCCUUGAAUCUCCAAAAUAUAUAUUUUCGAAGGAACUCAUUCGAUGGUGUUAUUCCUCCAUUAGGAUCCCUGUCCAUGUUGACUUAUUUAGAUCUAGGUGACAAUAAGCUUGAGGCUGGAGAUUGGACUUUCAUGUCCUCACUAACAAACUGCACCCAACUACAAAAUUUGUGGUUGGACAGAAACAAUCUCCAAGGAAUAAUACCAUCAUCUAUUUCCAACCUUUCUGAAAGCCUAAAGGUAUUGAUCCUAAUACAGAACAAAUUGACUGGUAGCAUACCUUCCGAGAUAGAAAAACUCAGUAGCCUCAGUGUCCUUCAAAUGGAUAGAAAUUUUCUUUCUGGCCAAAUUCCUGACACACUAGUAAAUCUUCAAAACUUGUCAAUCCUAAGUUUGUCCAACAACAAGCUUUCUGGAGAGAUCCCACGAUCAAUUGGAAAAUUAGAGCAGCUUACUAAACUUUAUCUUCAGGAUAAUGAUUUAACAGGGAAAAUACCUUCUAGUUUAGCCAGAUGCACAAAUUUGGCAAAACUAAACCUUUCUAGAAAUUACCUUAGUGGAAGCAUUCCAUCAAAACUAUUUUCCAUUUCGACACUUUCAGAAGGUUUAGACAUAUCCUAUAAUCAACUAACCGGACAUAUACCACUGGAGAUUGGUAGGUUGAUUAAUCUUAAUUCACUUAACAUCUCACACAACCAAUUAUCUGGUGAGAUUCCCUCUUCUCUUGGGCAGUGCCUUCUGUUGGAAUCCAUCAGCUUGGAGUCAAAUUUUCUACAAGGAAGCAUCCCAGAAUCUCUUAUAAACUUAAGAGGCAUCACGGAGAUGGAUCUUUCCCAAAACAACUUAUCUGGUGAAAUCCCAAUAUAUUUUGAGACUUUUGGAUCUCUACACACUCUCAAUCUGUCCUUCAAUAACCUUGAGGGACCAGUCCCUAAAGGAGGUGUGUUUGCAAAUUUAAACGAUGUGUUUAUGCAAGGAAAUAAAAAGUUGUGUGGAGGUUCUCCAAUGCUACAUUUACCACUUUGCAAGGAUUUGUCAUCCAAAAGGAAAAGGACACCUUAUAUUCUUGGUGUAGUCAUUCCAAUCACUACCAUUGUUAUAGUCACCUUGGUAUGUGUUGCCAUCAUUCUUAUGAAGAAGAGAACUGAACCAAAGGGAACCAUUAUCAACCAUUCAUUCAGGCAUUUUGAUAAGUUAUCGUACAAUGAUCUGUACAAAGCAACUGAUGGUUUCUCUUCAACAAAUCUUGUUGGUUCGGGAACAUUUGGAUUCGUAUAUAAAGGUCAGUUGAAGUUUGAAGCACGCAAUGUUGCAAUUAAAGUUUUUAGACUUGACCGAAAUGGAGCACCAAACAACUUUUUUGCUGAAUGUGAGGCAUUGAAAAACAUUCGCCACCGGAAUCUUAUAAGAGUCAUUAGCCUAUGCUCAACAUUUGAUCCAUCAGGAAAUGAAUUCAAAGCACUUAUUCUUGAGUUUAGGAGCAAUGGGAACCUCGAAAGCUGGAUUCAUCCAAAAGUGUACAGUCAAAGCCCUCAAAAACGGUUGAGUUUGGGUUCAAGAAUUAGAAUAGCUGUAGAUAUUGCAGCUGCAUUAGACUAUCUUCAUAAUCGAUGCACUCCUUCUUUGGUUCAUUGUGAUCUGAAACCAAGCAAUGUCCUUUUGGAUGAUGAAAUGGUUGCAUGUCUUAGCGACUUUGGACUUGCAAAGUUUCUUCACAAUGACAUUAUAAGCCUGGAAAAUUCAUCAAGCUCUGCUGUACUGAGAGGAUCAAUUGGAUACAUUGCUCCAGAGUAUGGCUUGGGGUGCAAGGUCUCAACUGAGGGUGAUGUAUACAGUUUUGGAAUAAUUGUCCUAGAGAUGAUCACAGGAAAGCGCCCAACCGAUGAGAUCUUUAAGGAUGGCAUGAACCUUCACAGCUUAGUGGAGUCAGCAUUUCCACAUCAGAUGAAUGACAUUUUAGAACCUACUCUCACCACAUAUCAUGAAGGUGAAGAACCAAAUCAUGAUGUGCUUGAAAUACAAACGUGUGCCAUACAGCUGGCUAAGCUUGCGCUGCUGUGCACUGAGCCAUCACCAAAAGAUCGACCAACAAUAGAUGAUGUUUACGCUGAGAUCAUUUCCAUCAACGACAAGUAUUGUGCACUGAUCAACUGAGGAAAUGAAUGGACAUCUUUCAAAUUUUAGAUAAGAUUAUCUCUGUAUGAAUCCAAGUAAAGAACGAUGACGAUUUUGUACUUACACUCUACACACUAAAAUCUUAAAAUGGGGGCAAUGAAGUUAUUGAGGUUCUCCAAUACUGUGAUGCAGUCUAUUCCAAAGGCACUGAUCUGGAAUUGCGUAUGAUUGAUUUUC